UAAUGAAAAAAACCUAAUAACUGCGCAUGAAGUGAAUGAUCCGUUUAGUGGGGUCACUGUGGCAAUGCCCCCGGCCCUGCACCCCAUCGACGCUGCUGUCUUUGGCUCUCUUCUUAGAUCUUCCAUUUCACGUUGGAGACAGCAGGGAAAGAAGGGAAUCUGGCUCAAAUUACCCAUCGAGAUGGUCAAUCUUGUGGAAGCUGCUGUUAAGGAAGGAUUCUUGUACCACCAUGCAGAACCGAAUUACUUAAUGCUCAUAUAUUGGAUUCCUGGAGGAGCUCAUACUCUUCCUGCAAAUGCUUCCCACCGAGUGGGUAUUGGUGCAUUUAUCAUGAAUGAAAAAAGAGAGUUGCUAGUUGUCCAAGAAAAGUAUGGAUCUUUGCGGGGUAAAGGAGUCUGGAAACUCCCUACAGGAACUGUCGAAGAGGGGGAAGACAUCUGUGCAGCGGCAGAGAGGGAAGUAAAAGAAGAGACGGGAAUCGACGCAGAAUUUGUGGAAGUACUAACAUUCAGACAAACCCACAAGUCGUUCUUUGAGAAGUCGGAUUUAUUCUUUGUGUGCAUGCUGCGACCCCUUUCCUUCGCUAUCCAGAAACAGGAUUCAGAGAUAGAGGCAGCUCAGUGGAUGCCAUUCGAGGAAUAUGCGGCACAGCCAUAUGUCCAAAAACACGAGCUCAUGAAGUUCAUCAACAAUCUAUGUUCGGCGAAGAUAGAUAGGGAGUAUUCUGGGUUUUCUGCAGUGCCAGCAACAUCAACUUCUUCUUCUGAUAAAAGGAGCUAUUUGUAUAUGAACAGAUCAUCAUGGGGCCUCAGUAGGGAGUAAUUAACAGCUAGUUUGGAGACACAUUAAUAUUAUUUGAUUCAUAUUCGUUGUAUACGGCCAGCUUACAUGCACUGCAACUAAUAAUAUUAAUUGAUAAAGUUGCUGCAUUGUACGUAGUAGUUCUUUUCAGCAGUUGAUUUUCCAACAUUCUACAAGCUA